CCCCAAAAGAGGGUCUGGCCAUUGGAGGGUCUUUUAGGUUUAAAACCGUACCCCAUUGCUCCUCCAAGUUUUAGAGGUAGAGUGAUCAAGUACCAAGUAUACCCUUUCCAAGUCUAGAGUGGACGACGUGGUCCUUAGGCUACCGACAACGACCCUCACCGUAAUUCCAACUCCGAAUUAGAGAGAGAGAGUCCCUGAGUUUGCGCGGUCUUUGCCAACUCUCCAAGAACCCAAUUACGAACCCAACCCCUCCAUUCUUUCAUCUUCCUCAAACUCCGACUCCGACCCGGGCUCGGACUCUGGGUCUCCGACUCCGACCCACCUUCUUCCGGCGAAGAAGGAGCUUGUUCGAAUCCCGGUGUAAGUUUCUCUAUCUUUAUUUUCGAAAUUCCUCAACUUUGGGGACUUGGAGUUUCACUUUCUCACUCCCUAUUCUUGUUCUUGAAGCCUAAUUGUAAUCAAGAUCGUUAAUUUAUGAAUUCCCAGACCGAUCAGCUUAUGGGUUUUCGUUUAGGGUUUAUGGGAAUUGCUUAAUGAGUGAUCGCGCUGUGUUAGGGUUUAGGAUUGUUAUUAGUGUGGGGUGGUUUUGUUUUGAGAGUAAUUGAAGUCCAGCAUUAUAGAGAUUUUUUAAUAUUUGGGGCUUUUUUUUUAUACAUAUUUUUGGUUAAAGUUUGAAUCUUUAUGUUGGGAUUUAUAUUUUUAUAUUUUUCAUAGUGUGAAAUUUCAAACCUGCAUUGUAUAGAUUUUUUGAUAUUUUGGGGUUUAUCAGGUUUAUAUGAGAUAAGCUAUUACGUUUUCAUUAUACUUUAGAGUGUCAGGUUUCAAAUUUGCAGUCAAAGUUUGAAUCUUUAUGAUGGAUGUGAUUAUAGGUUGAAUUUUGGUUCAUGAAAUAGGGAGGUUUUAUUGAAUCCCAAAUGGCUUGGACGGAUAAAGAUGUGUGUAAUGGGAAAGAUGCGGACCCAGUUGUAGAAAAUGGAUUCUUGAACUGUUCAGAGCCUUCUCCGAGUACCAGUGGCUCUCUUGCCGGUGCAACUGCGGAAAGGAAGAGUUUUGAAGUGAAGGAGACGAUUUCUUAUGCCAACAUUCUUCGUUCAAGGAACAAGUUUUCUGAUGCUCUUAGUCUUUAUGAGACUGUGUUGGAGAAAGAUGCCGGAAACGUAGAAGCUCAUAUUGGAAAAGGAAUAUGCCUGCAGAUGAAGAAUAUGGGAAGGGUUGCUUUUGACAGUUUUAUGGAAGCCAUUAAGUUGGAUCCAGAGAAUGCAUGUGCCCUCACACAUUGUGGAAUUUUGUACAAAGAUGAGGGCCGCCUAAGGGAGGCUGCUGAGUCGUAUCAAAAGGCUCUGAAAGCAGACCCUUCAUAUAAACCUGCUGCUGAAUGCCUAGCCAUUGUAUUAACGGAUCUUGGAACUAGCUUAAAGCUUGCUGGCAACACUCAAGAUGGAUUGCAGAAGUAUUAUGAAGCUCUGAAGACAGAUCCGCACUACGCUCCUGCUUAUUACAACCUUGGUGUUGUCUACUCUGAAAUGAUGCAAUUUGACACCGCACUUACUUGCUAUGAGAAGGCUGCAUUAGAGAGGCCCAUGUAUGCUGAAGCAUAUUGUAACAUGGGCGUUAUUUACAAAAAUCGUGGUGACUUGGAGUCUGCUAUUGCUUGUUACGAGAGAUGUCUAGCUGUUUCGCCAAACUUCGAGAUUGCAAAGAAUAAUAUGGCAAUAGCCUUGACAGAUUUAGGAACAAAGGUUAAGUUGGAGGGAGAUAUCGAUCAAGGCAUAGCAUAUUACAAGAAGGCUUUGUAUUAUAACUGGCAUUAUGCUGACGCAAUGUACAAUCUUGGGGUUGCUUAUGGUGAAAUGCUUAAGUUUGACAUGGCAAUUGUAUUCUAUGAACUCGCUUUCCACUUCAAUCCCCAUUGUGCAGAGGCAUGCAAUAAUUUGGGAGUAAUAUACAAAGACCGAGACAACCUUGAUAAAGCAGUAGAGUGUUAUCAGUUGGCGUUGUCAAUCAAACCAAAUUUCUCACAGUCAUUGAACAAUCUUGGAGUUGUCUACACUGUUCAGGGUAAGAUGGAUGGUGCUGCAAGCAUGAUUGAGAAAGCUAUAAUUGCAAAUCCCACAUAUGCGGAAGCAUAUAACAACUUAGGAGUUCUCUACAGAGAUGCUGGCAAUAUCACUAUGGCUAUUGAUGCAUAUGAGCAAUGCCUUAAAAUAGAUCCUGAUUCCCGAAAUGCAGGCCAGAACCGAUUGCUUGCAAUGAACUACAUUCAUGAAGGGCAUGAUGAUAAACUUUUUGUUGCUCACAGGGACUGGGGUAGACGCUUUAUGAGGCUAUUCUCACAGUACACGUCGUGGGACAAUAUAAAAGAUCCGGAGCGACCCUUGGUGAUUGGAUAUGUAUCUCCUGAUUAUUUUACUCACUCUGUAUCAUAUUUUAUAGAAGCUCCCCUUGCCCACCAUGAAUAUGCAAAGUACAAAGUGGUUGUUUAUUCUGCAGUUGUGAAGGCAGAUGCCAAGACUAUCAGGUUUAGGGAGAGAGUCUUGAAAAAGGGUGGGAUCUGGAGAGAUAUUUAUGGGAUUGAUGAAAAAAAAGUUGCAAGCAUUAUUAAGGAAGAUAAGGUGGAUAUAUUGGUGGAACUUACUGGCCAUACUGCUAACAAUAAGUUGGGAACAAUGGCAUGCCGGCCUGCACCUGUUCAGGUUACUUGGAUUGGUUACCCAAACACAACUGGUUUGCCAGCGAUUGAUUAUAGAAUAACAGAUUCACUGGCAGAUUCUACUGAUUCAGAGCAGAAGCAUGUUGAGGAGCUGGUUCGAUUACCAGAAUGCUUCCUUUGUUAUACACCUUCCCCUGAGGCAGGGCCUGUUUCCCCUACUCCAGCUCUCUCCAAUGGCUUUAUUACAUUUGGGAGCUUCAAUAAUCUCGCGAAGAUCACACCAAAAGUGCUGCAAGUUUGGGCAAGAAUUCUCUCAGCAAUUCCGAACUCUCGCCUUGUAGUAAAAUGUAAGCCCUUUAGUUGCGAUAGUGUGAGAGAGAGAUUUCUUUCAACAUUGGAGCAGCUGGGGUUGGAACCUCUACGUGUUGAUCUUCUGCCUCUAAUUUUACUCAAUUACGAUCAUAUGCAAGCGUAUUCUCUCAUGGACAUUAGUUUGGAUACUUUUCCUUAUGCCGGAACAACUACGACAUGUGAAUCUUUAUAUAUGGGCGUUCCGUGUGUUACUAUGGGUGGUUCAGUACAUGCACACAAUGUUGGUGUUAGUAUUCUCAGCAAAGUGGGAUUGGGGAACCUCAUUGCUAAAAAUGAGGAAGAGUAUGUUCAGUUGGCUGUGCAGUUGGCCUCUGACAUAACAGCACUUUCAAAUUUGAGGAUGAGUCUCCGAGACCUCAUGUCCAGGUCGCCUGUCUGUGAUGGACCAAAGUUUACCCUUGGGCUGGAGUCGGCAUACAGGAACAUGUGGCGCAGGUACUGCAAAGGUGAUGUGCCAUCAAAACGGCACAUGGAAAUGCUACAACAGGAGGUAUCCCCUGAGGAGCCUGGUACCAAAAUCGCUGAACCAAUAAGAAUUACUGCUUCAGGUUCUUUUACCUCUAUCAAGUCCAAUGGAUUCACUCCUUCAACACCUAUGCCUAAUCUCUGUUCUUCUGAAGAAAAUGGAGUUUGAUAGCAAACAUUGGAGCAAUAUAUGAGAUUUGUUUGAUUCGGCACCAUAUUGCUUUCUUGGUGAUUUGCUUUCCCAAGGAUUUAAUCAUAGCUGCUUCGGUCGAAGGAGUCAAGUGGUUAACUGAACACACAGAUUGAAGUGGCCGCACCGUAUUUCUUUCCUUAGGAUCACAUUUUUCAGGGAAGAACUGGUGGCAGUAUUCAGGAUCAAUAAUUUAGUUGUGCUAGAAAAAGGGUCAUUAUUUCAAAAAAAAAAAAAUGGAAAAAAGAAAAAAGGGUCAUACUUAUGCUAGCUGUGCCAGGGUUUUUCCCCGCCUAUAGAGUUGUGGUGACUUGUAAAUUGUAAGAUAUUUUCUUUUGUUUUUGUUUGUUUAUUUGCAAGAGCGCUUGUUGAUUUUUAAACAGUAUAGUUGAUCAAAUUUCCGGGAAAUUUCCUGGGUUUGAUCACAUUGUAACACUAGCUAUGGACUUGUAUGCUUCAGUUUGUUUCAUUGCAGUUGGCGUCGAAUUCUGCUUACAAAGUCGCAGCAAUGUUUACCAGAUUAAA